ACGACCCGAGUGCGAAACGGCCGCUUUCCGGAAGAUCCGGGUGCUGGGGCUUCAACAUAAACAGCAAUGGCGGAGGCAGCGGCAGCGUCAACAGCGGCUCCAGCAGUUAUCGGAGGCUGGACGAAGCACGUAACCUGCAGGUAUUUCAUGCAUGGCCUUUGCAAAGAGGGCGACAACUGUCGAUAUUUACACGACCUCAGCAGCUGCAAGCCAACCAUGACCUGCAAGUUCUUCCAAAAAGGAUGCUGUGCUUUUGGGGACCGUUGCAGGUAUGAACAUACUAAACCUGCCAAGCAAGACGAAGUCCCCAGUUCAAAGCCGUCGGUGCCGCUGACCGCUGCUCCCCUUGCUAGCACUCCUGACCCUGUGUCUGAUGGGCCAGGUGGCACGAUCGGCACCCAGGAGAAGCCCCAAAGCUCGGGGGCAGUGGACUGGGUGAAUGCUGCCGAGUUCGUGCCAGGGCAGCCCUACUGUGGGAGGGCUGACCCAGUGCUGUUCGAGGGGCCUGGUCCCCUCAUCGAAGAAGAGUAUGAGAAAGAACUAGCUAACAAAGAACUAAAGAAACAGCUUUGCCCAUAUGCCGCCGUCGGCGAAUGUCGCUAUGGCCUUAACUGUGCCUAUCUCCACGGUGACGUUUGUGACAUGUGCGGCCUACAGGUGCUCCACCCUACCGACACCUCUCAGCGCUCGCAACACAUCAGGGCCUGCAUUGAGGCUCACGAGAAGGACAUGGAGAUCUCGUUUGCCAUCCAGCGCAGUAAGGACAUGAUGUGUGGUGUGUGCAUGGAGGUGGUGUUCGAGAAAACCAAUCCCAGCGAACGCCGUUUCGGCAUUCUCUCCAACUGCAGCCACUGUUACUGCCUCAAGUGCAUCAGGAAAUGGCGGAGCGCCAAGCAGUUUGAGAGCAAGAUCAUAAAGUCCUGCCCAGAGUGUCGAAUCACAUCCAACUUUGUCAUACCAAGCGAAUACUGGGUGGAAGACAAGGAGGAGAAGAAGCAACUUAUUCAGAAGUACAAGGACGGCAUGGGGACUAAACCAUGCCGAUAUUUUGAUGAAGGCCGUGGGACAUGUCCAUUUGGGGCCAACUGCUUUUAUAAGCAUGCGUUUCCUGAUGGACGUCUGGAGGAACCUCAACCCCAGCGGAGAAAGACUGGCUCCAAUGGAAGAAACCGGAACUCAAGAAGGACGCCACUCUGGGAUCUUUUGGACGGGCGGGAGCACAGUGACUCCUUCGACAACGAAGAUGAGGAGAUGGUGACAUUUGAGCUUAGCGAGAUGCUUCUCAUGCUUCUGGCUGCCGGUACCGACGAUGAUGUCACCGACUCCGAAGAUGAGUGGGACUUGUUCCACGAAGAGCUGGAUGAUUACUACGAGCUUUACCUAUAGCACCCCUUUCUCUAAAUUUCCCUGACUGUCUCCUAGACUAACCCUUUCCCUGUUUACUCUAUUUCUAUCCCUAAUAGAAACUAGACAGGACUGUCUUGUGUGACUGAUGGGCAGUAGCGUCUUUUUCCCCUGUGUUGUGGCAGUGCCUUUCAACAGGCCAUUAAAAACAAUGAAUUCAUUUCAAAAUCAGUGAAUGGAUAUAAAACCGAAGUCAAAAGACAUAAAGGUAUGUGCUAAACUCUUUUCUAGAACGCCGCCUCAAUUCUGUGAGUCUGUCCAUGUCUGGUUAAUGUACUAGAAAUAACGUAUAAAGAGCAAAAACAAAAGUAUGUAAUUUAAAAAUUGCAAGAAAGGACACUAAGUUAUAUAUAAAAUCGAAAAGAUAUAGCUAAUGAACCUCACUGAGUUUAUUCUCGUGUGGGUUUGAAAUGUUUAUCAUUGACUGUGAGGAUACAGCAACUGUAUAUGAGCUCAUUAACUGGUGGCUGUUGAUGCUUGUGAUAUUUCAGAAAUAUCCCUUAUUCUCAUGCACUGAUUCUUACUGGGUGGGACGUGGUGGUUAGCUUCCUUGAUGUCACAAAUGCACUCGUUAAUGUACACAGGGGCAACUCCACAUCCUUAAUGUAAUAUCCUUUUAUUCCUUUUUAUUAAAUUAUCCACCAAGUUGUUUUGUACUUGUUUAACUGUACCUGAUUAGCUGUGGUAUCCAAUGGAAAGUCCCACCUAGGAACUUGAGUGCACCGAUAGUUUUGUGAAUCUGGACUCCCAAAAGCAGACUUAAAUGCAUUUGAAUAUGAAGCUGAAUGUUUCAUCAGUUUAACUGUCUAUUAAUUGUAAAUCUGUUUUGCUUCAGUAAGUAUUGCAUAUUAAGCUCAGCUGGCUGUAGUCAAACCACAAACACCCAAAUGUUAUUCGGUUCUUGUCGAACUUGGUUGAUAUGCAUAUGUUUAUACAGAUGUGCUCAUUUUCUAUGGUUUAGAACCAUCCAAUGUAACUUGAAAUUAAAGUUUAUUAUCAAAGUAUUCAGUUUGUGUGGCUU